AUGGAAUCCUCUAUGCCAACCUCACUUCAAACCCUAGUUAAUGAGAUCAAAGAAGAGAUGUUCUCUACUAGUAGUAGUACUAAUUCUAUUGAUGUUUAUUCAUUUGUUUCUCCUUCAGCUUAUGACACUGCAUGGUUAGCCAUGAUUCCAGACCCCGAACAACGGGAUUGUCCCGUGUUCAAGGGUUGCUUGGAUUGGGUUCUCGACAACCAAAGAGACGAAGGGUUCUGGGGAGAGGAUCAAUACACCAUUGAUACUCUUCUUGCAACUCUUGCUUGCAUGGUUGUGCUCAAAACGUGGAAUGUUGGGGAUAAAAACAUAAAGAAAGGGUUGGAAUUUAUUCAUGCAAACAUGGAGAUGCUUCUGAUCAAAGUAAAACAAGAAGGGUAUCCUCGUUGGUUUUCUAUUGUUUUCCCGGGAAUUGUUGAACUUUCUCAAGCAAAAGGUCUAGAAAAUGUUUUCCCCGACGAGCUCAAAGGAGAAGUGUUGGAAGUUUUCUUCCACAGGCAACGGAUUCUUGAUAUGGAAGAACUUGUAGAUAAAUACAAUUAUCCUCCACUGUUGUCAUAUUUGGAGGCCUUGCCAUCAACAUAUGAUAUUGAUCAAGAAGAUAUAGUGACGCACUUGAAUGAAUCAGACGGCUCGUUGUUCCAAUCACCUUCUGCCACGGCAUGCGCCUACAUGGCUACAGGAAAUCAGAAGUGCAUGGACUACUUAGUGUCUCUUGUUCAAAGAUGCGGUCAUGGAGUUCCAUCAAUGUAUCCCAUGGAUGAGGAGCUCAUAAAGCUUUGUAUGGUUAACCAAAUUCAAAGAUUAGGGUUGUCCGAGCAUUUCAAUGAGGAGAUUGAAAACAUUUUAUCAGAGGUGUACAGUAUGUAUGAGACACAAGAAUCACCGACGACAAAAGUUGAACUAGCACCGGCAAAAAUAUACAAGGACGCUUUGGCUUUUAGGCUCCUGCGGAUGCAAGGGUACAAUGUGACCCCAUGGACUUUUUGUUGGUUUCUACUCCAUGAAGAUGUUGUAUCUCAUAUAGAAGAAAACUUUGAAGUGUUUACAAGUGCAAUGUAUAAUGUUUAUAGAGCCACAGAUCUUAUGUUCUCAGGAGAAUAUGAACUAGAAGAGGCAAGGUCAUUUUCAAGGAAAUUACUUGAGAAAUCCCUGACACUGAAAAACAUAAAUGAUAAUAUUGUCAUGUUAACAAAUUUUCAAAGAUUGAUCGAGCAUGAGUUGGCUCUUCCAUGGAUUGCUCGACUUAGUCAUCUAGAUCACAGAAAGUGGAUUGAAGAGAAUAAGGUCCACUCUCUUUGGAUUGGAAAGGCCUCCUCCUAUAGGUUAUCAUGUCUUCAAAAUGACAAACUAAUGCGACUUGCUGUGGAGAACUAUGAGUUCCGGCAAUCAGUCUACGGGAAUGAAUUGGAGGAGCUUAAAAGGUGGUCGAAAGAGUGGGGUCUUAGUGAAAUGGGAUUUGGGAGGGAGAAAACUACGUAUUGCUACUUCGCCAUUGCAGCCAGCAUUUCUCUACCUCACAAUUCCCCAAUUCGAAUGUUAGUUGCCAAAAGUGCAAUACUUAUUACAGUUGCAGAUGAUUUUUAUGAUAUGGAAGGCUCCAUGAAUGAGCUACAACGCUUAACCGGGGCGGUUCAAAGAUGGGAUGGUAAAGGCUUAAGUGGCCAUGGUAAGAUUAUAUUUAAUGCCCUCGACCAUUUUGUGAGGGACAUUGCAGUGAAACACCUCCAUCUACAAGGAAGUGACAUAACAAAUGAUCUACAAGACAUAUGGCACGAAACGUUUGCUACGUGGCUGACAGAGGCUAGAUGGAGCAAGAGCGGAUAUAUACCAUCCAAAGAUGAAUACCUUGAAAUUGGCAUGAAAUCGAUUGGCACACACACUUUGGUUCUUCCGGCUUCAUGUUUUUUGAGCCCGAGCUUGUCUCACAAAGUAUUCAAGCCUGCACAGUAUGAAACUAUCACGAAAUUGCUCAUGAUCAUGGCUCGUCUGUUGAAUGACAUUCAAAGCUACCAGAAGGAACAAGAGGAUGGGAAAAUGAAUAUUGUUUUGCUCCACUUGAAAGAAAAUCCAGAGGCAGGAAUUGAAGGCUCAAUCACUAAUGUAAAGGAGAUAUUGGAUGAAAAGAAGAAAGAGUUUCUUGAACAUAUUUUGAUGGAUGGCUUCAACGAUUUGCCCAAAUCAUGCAAGCAUCUCCAUUUAUCAUGUCUAAUGGUAUUUCAGAUGUUUUUCAACUCUGGCAAUCGAUACGACUCCAACAUAGACCUCCUUCAAGACAUAAUGAACGCCAUUUACACUCCUUUGGAAUACCGAAACUCAAAGCCUUUGAAGACUCUUCCAUCAAUCCAGUCCGUACUCAAGAAUGAAAAAUUAAUCGUCUCAGCUCGAUUUGAUCAGAACUUCAAACAUCAUGGAAGUACAACUUUUACCAUUAGCCAACACUUUGUUCCAAAGACUACUAAAUCAGGAAGUGGCUGCCCAAAAGUGUUCAUUCCUCUGAGACUCGGUUUCUGCAACAUUUGAAUCAGUUUGGUAUCAAUAUUAUUAGCUGCAUAUGUAUUUUAAGGCAUCCAAUAGUUAGUUUGUGUUUUUUCCUUUAGAGUACGUAUAUCAGUCCCACAACACACGUAUCAUUUAAGUUAGAAGUAAGAUUUGAAAAAGAGACCUUAAGAACUUACCUCUCGAAUUUCUGUCAA